AUGGAAACUCCUGAAACAAUUGAAAAAAUUUUGACUGAAAAUAAUCUGGAGAAUUUAAACUCUAAACCUCAAAAAAGUGGUUCGCUCAAUAAGUUGAUGUCCUUAUUUCGAAAAAGAAAGUUAACUAAAAAGUUGCAUAACAAAAAACACAAAGAAACAGAGCUUCAAAUGUUGGACAAAAAUGAUUUUAAAGAAAAUAUCCCCGAAGCAGACAUUUAUGAAAAUGUUGAGAAAGACGGACAGAAAAUUGUUGAUAACUCGGACGAAUUGUGCGAAAACUUUUCCGGCAAAAUUACAACUUUUCCAUUGCCGCAACGUGGAAGAGGAAAAGCAUAUCCGAUAGAAACACGUGGGUCUAAACUUUUAUUAGCUAAUGUAGAGAGUAGCAAAACUCGUGGGAGAGGAAGAGGACUCAGCAACUAUCGACAAACUCAAAUCCAGCCUGGAUCCUUACCACCACUUUCCGACACUGAAACGGAAGAUUACAAUUCAGCGAAAAAUUGCAAAUACUUUUUUAUCAUGAAACAGUCGACUUCUCCAGUGAAACAUGGUUCCUAUCGCCCAACAUUGGACAAUCUCAAGACAAAAGAAAAUUUUAGGAAAACAAAUUUUAUUCAAUACGUUGCCUCUUCAUACACACAUUCUAUCGAAACGUGA